AGGUCGGUGACCAGAAGCUACUACCGGGGCGCAGCCGGCGCGCUGCUCGUGUAUGACAUCACCAGCCGGGAGACCUACAACGCGCUGACCAACUGGUUGACGGACGCUCGCACCCUCGCCAGCCCCAACAUCGUCAUCAUCCUCUGCGGCAACAAAAAAGAUUUGGACGCCGACCGGGAGGUGACGUUCCUGGAGGCUUCGCGUUUCGCCCAGGAGAACGAGCUGAUGUUUUUGGAGACCAGCGCCCUGACGGGAGAGAACGUGGAAGAAGCUUUCUUAAAAUGCGCGAGGACCAUCUUAAAUAAGAUCGAAUCGG